CAUCUACUUUUUUCCAGAAAUCAACUUCUGGGUCAUCAUUAUUUGGCUUUUUUUCAUCUGGGUCAUCAUCAUUUUGACUUAAAUCCUUCCAAGUUUUAAUCUUUUUAUGAAUCUUGAAAAAAACAUAAUUUGUAUGUGUGAUUUAAGAUCCUUGCUAAUGGGAUAGUGAAUACAGUUUGUAUAUUUAUGAGUUAGUCGAGUCUUUUUGAGUCAGAUGUACGCGGCUUAACAGGGGAUUUCGAGUUUUUUUAUUUUCAGAUGAGUGUAUGAUUAGUUAAUGAAGAGUAUUUUCAUGAGGGUUUUGUUCUGCAAGAUCCAUUGUCCUUCAUUCAUAUGUUUCUGCAAACCAUCAACUGCUUCUCAUCUUUACAAUUCCGGUCCUUUGAAAUUGGAAAAUCCCACAAAUGCCCCUCGUGUUGUAAGUGUGCAAUCUGAUCAAGAUAAUAUAAAUCAUGAUGCUGAUGUUGUUGAAGAAAUCAUUGAAGUUAAAGAGAAAGAGAUUUUAGAAGAUGGAAAACAGAAUUUAGAGAUUGAGAAUGUUGUUCUUAGAAGUUGUAUGAAGAAUAAAGGAGAUUUGCAAUCUGUUGAUAGAAAGAAAGUCCAAUGGAUUGAUAAUUUUGGCAAAGAACUUGUUGAUAUCAAAGAGUUUGAAUCCAGUGAAACAGGAGAUACGGACAACGAAGAUGAUAAUAGCGCUUGCUUUUGCACGAUUCUUUAAUGCUCCCUGUUUAUAGAAUAAGGAAAGAUCGGCUGUAAGUUCGUCCAUUCAUUUACUAUAUUAAAUUGGAUACAAAGAUCGAGUGUCCUGCAAAAAUCCGAUCUUCAUUUAUAAAUUCCAUUUUCUAAUUUUUUGAAUCUGGCUCUUCGGUGUUCUGAUGUAAGAAUUGAUGUUACUAAUGAACUUCCCACACACUUUGUUCUAUUACCAUAUUCGAUUCUUAGUCUUAUAAUGAAAAUCUCAGUAAUGUUUGUUGCC